AUGGAGAUGAAGAUGGCCGUCAGCGCGGCCAACUGGCUCGUCGGCAAGGUGCUCAGCAAGCUGUCCGACGGGCUGGUGUCCACCUACAUGGCCAGCUCCGAGCUCAGCAGCAAUUUCCUGAACGCCAAGAACCAGCUGGUGUACACACAGGGGCUGCUGUCCGCAUCCGUGGGCAGGGACGUGGGCGACGAUCCUGGCCUGCGCGGACUUCUGGGGACGCUGAGCAAGAAGGCCGACGAAGCCGAGGACGUGCUUGAUGAGCUCCACUACUUCAUGAUCCAGGACGAGAUCGAUGGCACCAAGGAGGCUGCUGCGGAGGUGGGCGGCGGCAUCAAGGGCCAUUCGGUCCAUGGACGCCAUGUUGCUCGCUACACCCUCGGCAACUACCUUCCGUACUUUUCAUCUCCGCGCACUCUAGGUGACGAGCCUCCUGCAUUUUCUGAUGCUGCUGCCACCAGUGAGCUACAUAGUGAACAUAUUAAGUUGCCAUUUAACAGAGUAGCCAUGUCCAAGAAAAUCAAGUCUGUCAUAGAGGAGAUGAACUCCAUAUGCCUGCUUGUCUCUGACCUGCUCAAAGUCAAAACUGCAAACUACAGUAGCAUUGCAUUAAGCACACAUGUCACCAUUGAAAGGCCUCCAACUGGUUCCAUAGUUCCACAAGAUAGAAAACUGUAUGGAAGGAAUGACAUUUUUGAGCAAACUGUAAAUGCACUCACCGGUGGCACCUACCAUGACAAAACCCUCUAUGUUCUGCCUUUCGUUGGCCCUGGGGGCAUCGGAAAGACGACCUUCACACAGCACCUGUAUAAUGAUGAAAGAAUCAAGGGGCACUUCCCUGUCAGGGUCUGGGUAUAUGUUUCAACUAAUUUUGAUGUGAUUAGGCUCACCAGGGAGAUACUUGGCUGCAUACCUGGAACUAACACAAGCACAAUUGAACCAACAAAUUAG